GGGUGGUUCCGGCAAUAUUAUUAUUAUAUAUAUAUAUGGCAGCUUUGUCAAGAACAUUAUCUUCAAUGGAUCCAGCAGAGGAGGGUUCUUCCACGGUCAUUGCCAUUGACAAAACUAAGAAUAGCCAUUUUGCCGUUAAAUGGGCAGUCGACACCAUUUUGAGCUGUUCUUCUCAUCAUUGCAUUCUCGUCCACGUUUGCAAUCAGAGUUUUUUGGAUCCUCACAAUCAUGAAACCGACCACAGAGAAGGUCGUCCGCCAACUGAACUGGAGUUGCGACAAUUAUUCCUUCCUUAUCGUGGAUAUUGCGCUCGAAAAGGGAUAGAAGCAAAGGAGGUGAUCCUCCAUGACAUCGACGUUCCAAGCGCACUUAUCGAUUAUAUUGUUCGCAACUCCAUCAGCAAUGUUGUCGUUGGUGCUUCCAAUCGGAAUGUUCUCACGAGGAAAUUUAAAGAUGCAGAUGUACCAUCUACCUUACUCAAAGCUGCACCAGUAUCCUGUGCGGUAUACGUCAUAUCAAAAGGAAAAGUUCAGGCAGUUCGUCUAGCAGUUCAUCAACCUCGAACACUUGCUCGUACAUCAUCUAAUCUAGGGAGUCGUUCUCUAAAGGAAGUUAUACAUGAUAAUCUUCCUCCUGAUACCGAAGACCCCGAUGAUACUUACAGAACGUCUUAUGGUACUGGGAGAGUACGGAAAAUUACAGCCUCUGACAAAUUAUCUUUCGAAAGAAGCAGUGAGUCCUUGCAGAUGACACCACAAGGCAACUUAGGGUACUAUAGCAUCAGGACUGAUUCGCCAACGAAAGCAGCAGCAGACAGUUUCACAUCAGGAAAUUCGUCCCAUGGAAAUAGUGAUUCUUCAGAUGCGUUUAGCUUCCUAUCAUCAAUUGACACCCCAUUUAACUUCUUUUCCUCAAACAACGCGUCCUCUGACAACUUAGAAUCUUCAGUGGCCUCGGAGAGUCCCAGGAGCCCUUCAUUGUCACAAACCCCAGGCCUGGAGGCCGAGAAGAGGAGAAUUAGGCUUGAACUGACAAAAGCCAUGGAAAUGUAUAACUUGGCUUGCAAAGAAAUUCUUGUAGCCAGACAGAAGGCAAGAGAUUUUCAGCAAUGGCAAUUAGUAGAAGAACGUAAAUUAGAGGAGGCCCAGUUUGCUGAAGAGGCCGCAUUAGCUUUGGCAAAAGUCGAGAGGCAAAAGACAAUGGCUGCCUUGGAAGCAGCCAAGAUGCAACAAAGGCUAGCAGAAAUGCAAACACAGAAUAGAAAGAAUAUAGAAAUGCAGGCCAAGCAGAAGAGAGCAGUGGAUGCAUUGCCCCAAAACAAUGUCAUAUAUAGAAGAUAUUCUAUCGAUGAGAUUGAAAAGGCAACUGACUAUUUUAACAGUUCACUAAAGAUCGGUGAAGGCGGAUAUGGACCUGUUUAUAAAGGCUUGCUUGAUCACACUGCUGUUGCCAUCAAGAUCUUGAGGCCAGACUUAUCACAGGGGCAGAAGCAGUUCCAACAAGAGGUUGAAGUUCUAAGUUGUAUCAGACAUCCCCAUAUGGUUCUGCUUCUAGGUGCCUGUCCAGAGUAUGGUUGCCUUGUGUAUGAGUACAUGGACAAUGGCAGCUUAGAAGAUCGCCUCUUCCAGAAGGACAGCACUCCCCCAAUAUCAUGGCCAACCCGUUUCAGAAUAGCUGCUGAAAUUGCCUCGGGUCUUCUUUUUCUUCACCAAACAAAACCAGAACCCACAGUUCAUCGAGACCUCAAGCCUGGGAACAUUCUCCUAGACCUAAAUUACCGCAGCAAGAUCGGUGAUGUGGGUUUAGCCCGACUAAUUCCACCAUCUGUUGCUGAUAGUAUCACUCAAUAUCAUGUGACUUCAGCAGCUGGUACAUUUUGUUACAUUGACCCCGAGUAUCAACAAACAGGAUUGUUGGGUGUGAAAUCAGAUGUAUAUUCACUGGGUGUAAUGCUGUUACAACUCCUUACAGCAAAGCCUCCAAUUGGAUUAGCUCACCAGAUCGAGAAGGCCAUUGAGAAAGACAAAUUUCCAGAGAUGCUCGAUCCAUCAGUGACAGAUUGGCCUAUUGAAGAUGCUCUAUCACUUGCUAAACUUGCUCUCAAAUGUUGCGAGAUGAGGAAGAGGGAUAGACCUGACCUUGAUUCUGAUUUGUUGCCAGAGCUUGAACGGUUAAGGGAUCUUGGGAUUAUGUACUCGUCCCUUAAAAAUAUGGCUAUUGAUGAUGGAAGACGCCCUUAUGACUCAGUUCCAGAGGUUCGACCAACCGUGAAUCAGGGCGGAGAGAUCGACCCUUAUCUAGAAGUGGAUUUGCAGUGGAGAUCCAUAUAAGAAAAGGGUGGUUGCGUUUGAAGUCCUUGACCAAAAUGUAGAGCUGAAAGCACCAAAAAUAUGGAGUAGCUUUGAAAGAGUCAGAUUCUAUUUACACUUGGCCGGAAACAAGUUGGAAAACUAAACAAGGAGCAUACAGUGAGGGUUGUUGGACAUUUGUAAGUUGUUUGAUCUGCAACUAGCACUCAACUAAACAAAGUGGUGUUGUUUUCAUGAACUAAGAACAUCAUGUUCUUGCUAUGGUGGAGCUGAAUCCGCUGUAGAAUGUGGAUACCUUUGCAAAAGUAAAGAGCUUUCGUUCUCUAAACUUUUUAAAUUGAAUAAUGUUAGAUA